AUGACCAUCAACCCUACAGAGUUCCGUCCUAUAACAACUCGACCUCGUCGAGUCUGGAAGAAGAGCCAUAUGGCAGCGGCCAACGGAGAUAUCAGCGUCGCGAAGCCGCAGAUAGAGGCCUGGUCAGGCACACUCAACGACUUCACCUUUCUCCCCUUGGCGAGCGAUCCUUUGACGAUGGCGAUCGUGGAGGACGGAGGCAGAACUAUGAAGGUUUCGAGGGCAGGGUUUACGAAGAUGAGGCAGCGAGGAGACAGCGUUCACACUCAAGACAGCCAACACCGGGUCCAAGAAUUCUCAGAAGACAAUACUCAGACCCUUUUGUUGGGACACCACCAAUUGAAGAUCGGGCAGCAAGACAACAGCACUAUUUUGCGGGAACACCACAUACUCGCUCUCGGGACAGAUAUUCUCCUCAACGUGGACCAACAUCUUUCGGGAGCAGAUACGUGUCUGUACCUAUCCACUAUUCCAGCCAUCGCUCACGGAGUGUGGAUGCUUCGGAGAACAAUCGUGCAAGUGAUCACCACGAACACAUACGCUUGCGAUCUAGAUCAGCUCAGCGCUAUCACAACAGGCGUAUGUCACAUGAACGAAAGCCAGGAAGAGGAUAGCCAUCAAGGGCUACAUGCCCCUAGUCCGCCGCCUGUUCGUUCGUCGUCUUUGGGAUACAUAAGUGAGCCUGAACGCGGUGAUGAGGAGAAUCGGCAAGGUCGUGUCCGCAGAGGCCGAAGACGACGGUCCCGCUCGCGCUCCCGGGAAGACGAGCAAUCGGGGUCUGGAAUCCUGAGACCCGGUGAUGAAGUGACGGUGAUUGAGAGGCACGAUCCCAGACCCAAGAAAGACUACGACUGGUAUGACAAUGGUGGGAUGAGGGUCCGAGUGCGCGAGAUUUCCCAGUAA